UCAUACAUCAUCAGUGUCUGGAUUGCGAAUUACUCCAUAUCCAGGUGGUUAUGGCGGAUUUGAGAGUCAAAAGACGCGCAGAAUUUUUGGCACCUAAUUGUCUAUUACCUUCGAGCCGAUGUGAACGACAUUGAAGGUCGUUAGCUUUUGUUCACAAGUAGCGCGUUUCGCGCCGCAUAAUAUGUUGUUGCUAUUCGGUAUUUUCAAACCCAUUAUGGCGCCUUGUGUCACGACACGUCAGCUCCCGCGCCACAUGUUCAGUCACCAGCAGUCAGAGCAAGUCGCUGCAUGCUCCUGGUCUCCGCACCGGACGCGUGGCAUGUAACCUACAUGGGACGGCCCGACCCAUCCGUCAUGGCCGCCUCGUAUGCAGGCAUGAUGAGCCCCAAGCGGUUUGGUUUUCAAGUGCAUGGCAUGCGCUUGCGAUUCGCAAUGGAAGUGGAUUUCUCGAUUUCUCCGAUUCCGGAAUCUCGCGUCGCCAUUCCAGGGGGGGAUGAUGCUGCAAGCGGCUGCUUCUGCUGUUGCUGCUGGUUCCCAUCGCGCCCUCCUCCACCCUCCUCUAUCUCCUCCCGUUUUCCCCUAUCUUCUCAAAAUCCACUUUCAUGUCUGAAUCUGCUCUCUACUCUAUUCCCUCGCCAGUGCUUAUUCGUCGCCGGUGCUCUGUCUCGUCUCCUGCUUCUGUCGGUCGUUCGCUUCUCGUGCCUUCAUUGAGAUCUCUCAGCGCCUUCUGCUCCUCACACUCGUGCCGUGGUCACUAAGUGCUGCUUAGUAACAGCCAAUCGGUUACCUCUCUCCUCAUUCCUUGGGCUUCUGCUAAGCGGCCAAGUAGCCAAGCAGCCAUGGCGCUCCCUCGUCUCACCCCUUUCAAGCUCCAACCGCCGCUGCUUCUCCCAACCUCAAUCCUCCUCUUCCUCAUCCUCCUCUCCUCGCUACCCUCCCCAUCGCCUAUGCUUACCGUCCAUGCCAUGACACCUGCUGCCGAGCCUGAAUCCCAGGCUCGGCAUGCUGCCGAACCUGAGGCUACCACACCUGCUUCCGAACCCCAGCUCCUGGCUUGGCUAUCUGUUGGCGCCGCAGCUCAGCUCCACCAAGGCUGGCGCUGGCUCGGUGUCGGACCUCUCAUGUCAAGCCUGGGGACGAGGCUCGGAAAGGGCCUGGGGAAUAAAGCUGGGGAGGAUGGAGAGGAAGAGGAUAAAGCAAAGGAGUUUCUGGCUGGGAAGCCUCAGGUGGAGGUGGAGUCCAGUGGAGGGCGGAUUGAAGCAUGGGGCGCAGGGCUGAAACGACUCGAGGAUGCGGAUAUCAGUGCUGCUGUGAUGACGAUUGAGCCGGAAUCCAUGUCUCUACCCAUGUACUCCAACGAUGAGGAGGUGUCCUAUGUGGUUGAGGGGGAGGCACGUGCGGGCCUCAUCAGCCCGGAGGGGAUUCGCACCAACGUCAGGAGGCUUCGCAAAGGAGACGCGUUUGCCUUCCCGCGAGGUUGGGGCAGGUGGAUAUGGAAUGACGGCAAGGAGCCACUGCGAAUCAUCUCCAUCGCUGAUACGUCCAAGGAGGCCCACCGUGGGCGCUACACUGCCUUCAGCCUCGUGGGAGCGCAGAAGGGCAAGUUUGGCGGCAUUCUCCAUGGCUUCAGCCACCGAGUGUUGGCACGGGCGUGGGGCGUGGAGGAGGGGGAUGUGCAGACGCUGCUGCAGGGGCAGAAGGAUGCAGCCAUUGUGAAGGUGGAUCCGGGGAAGGUCGCAUCUGGUGAUUUGGAUGCCAUGGAUGCUCCUGCUGCUGCUUCUGCUGCUGCUGCCGCUGCCGCUGCUCACACCGAUGCUGCUGCUGCUGCUGCUGGUGCUGCUGCUGAUUCAGAGGGUACUGUGGCGUUUGGUGACUUCGUCUACAAUCUUAUAGAUGAGCAGCCUAGCAUCGACACGGCAAGGGGAGGCACUCUCACUUCUGCAAACGGCUUCAAGCUGCCUGUGUUCCGCCACCUGGGCGUGGCUGCUGCCCGCAUUGAUCUCAUGCCCAAUGCUGUGGCAGCUCCUCAUUGGCUGUCCAACUCGGCCACUGUUCACUUCAUGACACGUGGCAGCGGGCGCUUUGAGAUAACCUAUCCAGACGGGAGGAAGGCGCUGCGUCGGCGCGUGAAUGCGGGAGAUGUGAUCGUGGUGCCGGCUGAUUUCCCCCAUGCUGUGGUGGCAUCUGGGGAGGGUUUGGAGUAUGUUGCUCUGUCACCCAAGUCCAAGCCCAAGCCCGGCUUUUUAGCUGGAUCCAACUCAGUGUACAGUGCGCUGCCUACCGCUGUACUGAGGGCUGCUUUUAACGUGGAUGGAGCUCUGGUGGCGAAACUGCAGGGCUCUAGGGAGGACGAGUAUGUGAUUCUGUCCCCGACUAAGGGUGGUUAGGGAGUGGGUGGGUAGGGCAGUGAGGAAAUGGCUGGGUGGGCAGGGCAGGGGGCUGUUGAGUUGGCUUAAAAGCAAACUGCAAGGUUUCAGGGAGGGAGAGAGUGAUUCUGUCCCCUGCUAAGGGAAGUGAGGAAAUGGCUGGGUAGAGGGGCGUGGGUGGGUGGGUGGGAAGAUUGUGGGGAGAAGGUAUGGGGAAAAGACUCUGGCUUUGAGACGUUGCAGAACUAAUCUCUGGUGGAGAAAUUCAGGCAUCUAGGAAGGAGGAUGAGAGAGGUUCUGUCCCCUGCUAAGGGAUGUCACAUCAGAUCAGAGAGGAGUGAAGCAGUGGCUGGGUAGGGAAAUUGGCUAUUUCAGUUGCAUUGUGGUAUGCCGGUGUAACAGUUGAUAUUA